AUGAACACAUGCAUAAUUUCAGCCAACGACAGCACAUCAUUCAACGGCGGUUCAGCGGUUCAUACACUUUCUCCAACUGUAAAUCAUCUGUCUCCGAGCGGUCGUCCAGACUUCAUCGAUGGCGCACCUCUUGACGAGACCCUUAAAGAGCACGAUACACACAAGAGCAGUGUGCGUCUAGUGCAGUUUCACUUGUUCAUACUUCGCUGCCAGGUACUGCAGUCUGUGUUGGAUAUCUUGGAGCGCAAACCCCGAAUGAAUGAGGUCAAGUCGGAGAUACACACGCACUAUCGUAAGAUUUACCGCUUUGCCUCCAAAGCCGGAAAGCUCGCAGAAGGAUUUGAUAACACUACUUUGCAAGCACGUAGUGAGUACUGGGCUGGACGUGGUUGCGGCGGCUUGGGAGACUGGCAGUCUGCCAAGACGCAUUUUGGGAAUGCAAUCAAACUCGACACACCAAAUAAUGCGAACAAUCACAAAAACUUUCAGCAUAGAGGACUACGUCCAAAUGAACAGGCAGAUGUACGUUUCCUACUGCAGAUUGCCACACAGCGCUACGAUAGAUGGGCCCAUAAGAUAGAGAGAGCCCGUAAGACUCUGGGUGAGCUCGAGUUUGAAGAAAUUGAUUGGGAAAAGGAGAAUGUGGAAGGUCGUCAUUGGACACCCUACCGUGAUUGCAUGAAGCGCGCCGCAAAGCAACAGGCAGAGAUGAGUAGAAAAACAGGCAGACCCAUGAACCAUCUGUUCACCAGCGAAGGCCAGCCCGCAGACUUUCUCAGCCAAGAGGAGAUUAAAAUGGUUCUGAAAAGACUGGCGAAGCGAGAUAACAUGGCACUCCUCUACAGGACGCUCAACGCGGAGGAAUGGCGUUACAUUUUCCGCGGCGACGCAGCCAUGGGGAAGGACAACAUUGGUACAAACGACACUGGAAAAGGCGAAACAGAAGAGUGUGUGCCCGAACAAAUUGUUGAUCAUUCUUUGCCUCCCUCGAUCAGCGCCUCUGCACAGCCAUCACCUGAAAUAUCACGUAACCUGUGCGACGAACUGGAAGAAAACGAAUACCAAAGUGGCGGAGAAACACCGGCUUUAUCCUCCACCAGUUUUACAAGUCAUACUUACGCUGAUAAUGAAGGAGAUGUACCAUCGUCAACAUCACUGCUACCAUCAGGAGGCUUGCAAGACCGAAGGAAUAUCACCAUAGCACCUAUUCACACUGAUUUUCGCAAGAAAGAAUCGGCGCUGAGUAACGCGACAUUGAAAUCGGAUUUAGAUUCGGAGGCGACGUCGGUACUGGCGGACGACAACUGCUCCGUCGAGGAUGGUUUAGUUGAAUUGCGGUCACCAUAA